CGAAUAUCUGGAGCGCUGUCCUUCAUGUGUCAGCUCCGCUGUGUCUCCGGGCGAUGUGGCCCCGCACCCACGCCUGAAUCCUACACACACACACACACACACACAGAACCGCAUACACACACAGAAACGCAUACAUCAAACGUGCAGAUCUAGCGUGUCAGUGCAUUUGUUCACCUGGUGCUGGCAACUUCCCUUCUUAGCUCCUUGUCCCAACGGAGAUUGUAAUAAUUUGCUGUAGCGAGGAAGACCAGGAAAGGGAUGCUCUGGUCCUGCUCUUCGCCAUUGCCCUGACACACAUACACACAAGGCUCACAAGAGUGAGUCAGUGAUUCAACCGGUUCUUGUUUGCCGUGUGUGUACCACUGGCUCGAGAUAUCUGAGGCUGUAGCGCAGGCCCGCCCCCAGCUGCGCCACUCGCGACCGAUACGGAACCACAUAUCCAUUCUUGCGACGACGCAGCAGUCCCCUAUAUGAGACACCAGCCACAAGGAGGCACAUGCACACAAUCCCUGGCAACACACGUCGCCCACCUUGAGAAGUGGCUGGUGAGAUCGAAGGCAUCUUCAGCCUUGACUAUGCCCUGAUCCAUCGGUCACACGAGACAAGAGACAAGAAGACAAAGUCCAGAAGAUGCGCACAGGCGCCCCUGGCUAUCGAUGGUCUCUGCCGAUCAGUGUCUCACGGCCAGAAGAGACCAGUCCUCCGAGGCCUCGUCGGCAUCAUCUUCGGCGACGUCCGACACUCCAAACUGGUAGCUGAUGACGCUGCAUCGCUCCAGCAGCUCGUCCCGGAACUUUAGCGCCCACCGCCACAUGUCGAACAAACGCACUUCCGACUCAUUGGUGGCCACAAAGAGACGGGAAAGACGGCAACCCUGCAGACACAUCCAGGUGCGUUGUGCAUCGAACGAGCGUGUGCUGGCGGAGUGACUGGCUCACACUGUAGAAUGGUGUUCGCUUGAUGGAUGGCAGGUCCUCUGUCGAACACACCACGGACCGCAACACACCUGCCACACACAUCACACCAUAAGGCGGCGUAAUGUAUGUAUGUAUCAGUCUACCGUGCUCACUCAGUCUGAAUUGAGGCCGUGUCAUGUGAAAGUUGAGAAUCUCCCGCAGGGAGCAGUCAACACGAGUGCAAAACUCCUGAUCAACACACAGCAGGUCUCUCUGCACUUUCCCCCCAUCACACGCUCACCACUGCACUUUGCACUUCUCUCAAGGCGUCGCACUCGACGGACUUCCACACCAGUCUUUCAAGGAACAGAUCCACGUCUAGCAGCACCUUGUCGCUCUCCCACGACGGCCGCCCACCUCCCGACCUCCCUCGCUUGGAGUAGCCGAUGAGUGAGUGCUCCACCCGCUGCAGCCGGGACUGUGGCAGAUCGGUGAAAAGACGACGCACAACACCACUGGCGUCGUCAUAGCUGCAUGCAUGACACAAAGUGAGAGCAGUGAUUGAUAGAGGUGUCAUCUCUGGGUGUUCGUGGUGCGAGUGACUAACGUGAUGGCGGUGCGUUCGAGUGCGCUCCGUCCCUUGCGGCUUCGCAGCAGCCGGGCGUCGCUCAGCUCAACAGCUGGAGAGAGACCCCCCUCGAUUAAGUCUGUUUUUUCCGUUCGCUUGGUCUCUGGUCCGACCUUUUUCGAAGAGACGGACAGAUGAGAGAUACAUCGGCGUCUGGAGGAAGAGGUACAUCAUUCCAUCACCCGCCCGACCAUCCCCACAAAAUGUCUCCAUGACUUGCCUGUCCCCUUGCGAAUACGCCCAGAAACUGGGCGACAAGACGAACAGUCCCCGAAGAGUGCCUGAACACGCACGCACACAAUGGGCACAUGCACAUCCCUUCACGUGUGUGCGCAAGACCGACCAGUGCUCCCGAAAAGCGCCAACCAGAUCAAGCAGCUGACGAUAAGUGACAUGCGAGCACACGCAAUAAGCUCAUUGACUCGUGAUGGGUGAGACUUACCAAAUAGAGACGCUGUGCGCCUUGUGGUGCCUCUCUCUCAAUGAACCUGCGUUCAUGUCAGAGCAGAAGACACACCAGGACGGUGCUCAUGGACACAAGAGCCUGCCACAUGCCUGCCUACUUUUGCAGUGAGGUGGUGAAUGGAACAGGAUUGUACUCAGCGUCAAGUCUGCAGCAGAACAACAACCAGCAGCAAUGCCAGGUUCGUGCUUUUCAUCGCUAUGCACUCGUCGCUUACUCUGCGUGGAAGUCGACGAGCGCCCGGAGUAUCUCCAGAAAUUUCAUCUUGGACAGCACCUUCCCCGACGCAAGGCCAAGCAUCGCUUGCGGCCGGUAUCCUGUUCAUUCAGACACAUGGCGAUACAUUGGGCGCUCCAUCCGUGCACACAGUGACUGACAGACGAUGGCUGGCUUUACCCAGCUUCGCCGCCUGUAAACACCGCAUCGCAGCUAGGCUGUGCCUCAAAGUGUACUUAUUUGCAAACACGGAGCUCCGCGCUCACCACGAGGGUCGGUGCCCGGAUGGCUAGCUUGAGAUUCUGUUGGACACGAUCCACACUGCCUGAGACACACACAAGACCGGGCGCAUUGUUUCUGCGUCAGGAUGGACUAAAGCAAGUGACCAGCACGGUGCGCGUACGUCCUCUUUCGUCCUCUUCGCUGACGUCUGACCAGUCUUUAGUCAAAUCGUUCACCACUGUAGCACACACACAAAGAAGAGACUGAGGAUUAUCGCGGCAUUCAAUUCACUCCAACGGACGUACCAGGCAUGGCCUCGGCUUCUUGCUCCCCGCCGACGAAGAAAAGCUGCUUGUCCAUCUCACCGAGGAGACUCUCAACGUGAGCGUCAAAGGUGCAGUCCGUCUGCACCUCCUGAACACAACAGGGAGGGGGGAAGGAGAAAGCAGGGUCUCACCAUCGUGGAUACCUACUUGUGAGACCAUGAUCCGCUCCGCGGCUUUGGCUUCGAAGUGUCUGAAAGUCGCCAGAAAUCCCUUGAGGCCCUCAAACGUCGCCGCUGACUGCACCGAAAGAGACAUCUCUUCUCACACGUGACCGCGAAUGGUCAGACGGAUGUGCACUUGUUCGAGAAGGCGCGCGUGUUUGCCCUCCUCGGCGUCUAGUUUCGUCACUGAAGGAGAACAGCCGCAUAGACCUUGCUGCUUUUCUGUGCGUUUGCAGCGUACGUGUGCGCUCUAUCUCGUGGACCGUGUUGAUGUAGAAAUCGUCCUGGGGCUUCUCUGUCUCGCCAUCUGAUCAAGAGAAACCCUGCAAAUGUCACAAAAGGGCUCUUUUUGUUUUCAGUCUACCUUUCGGCUGGUUGAUUGCGUUCAUGGCUAUCCUGUGGGCGGCGUCCUCCACAGCCAACAUCCUGCAGACAUUCAUCCACGCAUUGGCACGUACACGGCAGCACCGUGCCAGCAGUGUCCCUCACCCUACCUCUGGUUGAUGGAUCGGUUCUCAUUCUUGAUGUUUUCGAGCACCCGCAGUGCCAGGUUGUGGUCCACUUUGAGCUGCAUGUGAUCGAAGUAAUCCUGGUUGUGCUCCUGAGGACCGGCAAGGGCAUCACAUCAGUGUCUCAUGGUCGUCUGACCGUGCACGCGCCAUUCUCACCGCUUCCUUCUUCUGUGUCUCAGCACGGAACUUUCCACACAAGUCGCGCAGCAUAUCUACAAAAACACCGGACACCAUGGCUGCCCGUCAAGCAGACGAUCGCCUUUCAGUACCAGCUUCGUUCUCCUUCUUAUUGAUGGUGCGAUCAUAAGAAUUGAGAUUCCUUCUCAGUGCUCCAAACGUUCGAUUGAGAUACUCCACCACAGCGCACCACAGGCGACUCACUACCUGGGCCAAAAGUGCGCAGUGGAAAGUGCACUGAUGGCUCAGCUCCUCAAACUGACCCAUUCACCAAUCCACACAUAUACACACACGUGGCGGACACACACGGAGACUGAGACAAGACAUGUCUUGCGUUGCUCACACCGCUGCUGAGUAAAUGGCCAUGUCUCGUGUGAAGUUCUCCUGCAGCGUCUUGGCGACGUCUUGCGGGGAAGCGGACGGGGCAUGCUCGAAUGGAACGAACGUCGACUCGCCCAGCAUCAGCCUGUCACUUAUCCACUCAUUCAGGCUCUCCAACUCGUGAUGGUGCGCUGCACACGCCACCGCAGACACAGACCAUCUUCAACACUUUACCGGGAACUCCGCCUGUCUGUCUGUCUGUCUGUCUCUGUCCGCCUAUCUAACCGUGGUUGAGGUGGCAUGGGGGAUAGGCUGUGGAGAUGGGCCGCCCCUUUAGAAGAGCGAUCAAGUGGUCGGUUAUGCCCCGCGUAUGGCUCAUCUCUAUGUGCUCCUGGCGACCACAUCUGCACAGGGGGUGACCAUCCGGAUCCAUGCAUCAUCCCGGCCGUGUACGUGUGUGUGUGUGUGUGUGUGGAACUGCCUUGCCUUGGCACACAGCUCCCUUUCAGCUGGGACGUAGCCUGCGACGACUGCUGACUCUCAAGGGAGGAAAAGUGGUCUGUACAUAUCGAUCGCCAUGAGGCGAAUAUCGCAUAUAAGUCAGUUAACAGCUUUGCUCUCAUUUACUUGGCAAGUGUGAGGACACGUCGAGCCGGCGUGCUCUCUGCGAUUGGGGCCUGGCGCGGUGUGGUGACAGAAGAGGGGAGGAGUCCACCACAUCCUCGCCCAGCACCUGCACUGACAGCUGACAGAGGGAUGGGUGCAGGGACGUGGCAUGGCUGUGCGGCGGUUUGGCUUUGCUUCUGGAUGCUUGCAGGCUCCGCCCUGUCAAGGGAGCCGGGCAACUCAUGAUUUGGGACGUGCGUUGAGCUCAAACGCUUUUAUGGACACCCUCGGAGGCCGGGACCGGUGAAGGGGAAGGGAG